AUGGACACACAACUAGGAAACCACCCUUCCGCCAUGGCAGUACACCACCAGCAGCACACCCAGAACUCGUCUGAACCAAUCAACAUAUCCUUUUCAAGGAACAACUCAAUAUACCACAACAACCCAAAGUUGAGGAGAGAAAGUAUAGCCCAAUCCCAGGGAAUAGGAGGAGUGUCAUGGGGAUCGGUUGGCAUUGGCUCGUGGCUCAAGGACGAGGUGUUUAUGCUUCAGCACCAGCAUCAGUAUCAAAACCCGAACUUAAAUUUGAAUCAAAGUCAAACUCAGAAUCAAAGCCAAACCCAAACCCAAAAUCACAACUACCAGCAACAUCAAAAUCAACAUCUCGCUCAUAAUAACAGCAGCAACAACCUCAUCAACAUCAAUAGUGCGGCCCCACAUUCCAGCAAUCAUCAAUUCAGACAUGGCUCUAUCAACCUCUAUAAUGGGAAUUUUAACAACAGUAAUGCCAUGGAUUUAAGAAAUGAUAGUAUCAUGAUGGUUUCGGAUUCGAUACCUAAUUCUUCGUAUUUGGCAGAUUUGGAAGCAAAUUACUGCAAAGACUAUUCUUGUUGUGGUCAACUUCUACCCACUUUGCAUGAUUUAUUGAAACAUUAUGAGGAAAUGCACAUUGGAAACGAUUUUUCCAGCAAUAAUUUCCAACAAGAUGGGAAUUUCCAAUCGAAUGACUUGAAUAAUGGAUUGCAACCUCAGCUGAAUUUAAAUACAGGAACUAAUGGCAAUUUACCGCAUCAUAGUAACGCAUUGUCAAAUGAUUCAAAUUCAAGAGUUAGAAAUAAUAAUUCAAUAGGAGCUGUAUCGACUAAUGAGGUAUUUUUGAACAAUCAUUUGAAUACCAAACAAAAUUUCAAUAACAAUAAUAAGAAAUUCAACAUGAGUUCCAAACCCGACAAAAUAUCGAGUUUCAACUUGAAUUUAACUUAUGAUCAUCAUGGGGAUAAUCUUCAGAGCAAUGAUUUACAUAAAACUCUGUCAAACUUUGAAUUUGAUAAUGGUAUCAAUGCAAACAAUGGAAAACACGAUGAAAUGAACUUUGACUUUCCAAACAAUAGCGCUAAUAAUAUUUUCCAAAAUGACUCCCUAGUGAAAGAUUUGGAAAAUCAAGCUAAAAUGUUUCAUCAGCAAGUACAGCAGCAGCAGCAGCAACAACAACGCCUUCAACAAUUACACACUCACCAGCAACGUCAUAACCAACAACAGCAGAGUAACAACAAUCAGUUCAAUGAUAAUUCAACUACAGGAGGUGGCAAUCAUAAUAGCAUUCCAAUUAACAAUACAAACAGUCAUCUACUGAACGAUUUAAUAAAUAAUGGUAAUGGUGGUAGUGUAAUAAGCUCGCCAAGUUUAAAAAACCACGAUAGUCUUAAUAUUGAUCUCGAUCAUGAUACCCAAUUUCAAAUGGAUGUUGAUGAUGAUAUCUCUAUGAGUAUCGAUAGUAAUACCCCGGGCAUCCAUCAAUCUAUCAAUGCUAAUAUCAAUAGCACCUCUAAUACUGUCAAUUCCAACUCGCACCAUGAUGUUUGCAUUGCUGAUCCUGCUAGGCGAUUAUAUGCGAUCGAACAACGUGAAGAACGUCCUUUCCAAUGUCCCGUUAUAGGGUGUGAUAAGACUUACAAGAAUCAAAACGGUCUUAAAUAUCAUCGUCUACACGGUCAUCAAAACCAAAAAUUGCGUGAGAAUCCAGAUGGCACCUUCUCUGUGAUCAAUCCCGAUUCAAAUUCCCCAUAUCCUCACGGAAUGGCAUUUGAGAAAGAUAAACCGUACAGGUGUGAAGUGUGUGGCAAGCGAUACAAGAACUUGAAUGGUUUGAAAUAUCAUAGAGCACAUACCACACACUAG